CCGGGCCCAGCCCGGCGCGGCGCGGCAGAGCGCACUGGGUGGCGCGGGCGGCUGAGCGAGCCCUGGGCGUCACGGCGUGGAGCUCUGGGCGGUGAGCGGCUGUGGGGCGCGGCGCGAUGCGGCGCGACGCGACGCGGCGCAACCUGACUUGACCUGGUCGGCGGCCGUUAGUGGCGCCGCGCGCGGGCCGUGUCCAUGUCCCUCUCUCCCGGCAGCAGGAGAUGGCAGCGCUGGGCAGACCCUGCCGCGGCCUCCCUGUCGCGGCCGCAGAGCUCCCGCAGGCCCUGGCCGGCGCCCCGGACCGCCACGGCCAGCCGGGGGCCGGCUCGCAGCCCGGAGCCGUCGGCUUGGAGUCGGUGCAGCCGGGGAUGGUGACGAUGACAGGGAACGGGAACGGCAGCGUCCGCGGCUGCGGCUCCGCUGACCUGCGGCUGCGGAACAGCUUUGACCUCGCCUCCUUAGCGGCGGUUGGGAGCUAUAACGAGGGUCUGAGUGUUGCACCGGUGGGUUCCUUCACACACGCAGAACGGCCCCCGGGCUUGCUCCAGCAGCAGUGCCACAGCCAUUGUCCUGUGAGGAAGAAGAGACUGACAGGAGCCAAAAAUUCCCCUUUGAAUCCCAGCACUGAAGAAUGGAUUCUCUGUGCAGGUCAGCAGGCAGCUGGGGAGGUAGCAAGUCAGUAUGGUGGCAGCCGUCCUGAAGCUGCCAUGUUAGAAAUGCCCGGUGAAGAAAUGGAUCAGACAAUGGGGGAACAGCAAUGCGAGGUUGCUCGCAGGAAGCUUCAGGAAAUUGAGGACAGGAUAAUUGAUGAAGAUGAGGAAGUUCAUGCUGAUGGAAAUAUUAGCAAUCUGCCCACUCUUAUCCUGUCAGAUACCCUUAAAAAAGGGAUGAAGAGGGAUUUUGGUGAAGUCCUGACAAAGAAAAUAAUAGAAUCUAUGAGCCGUCCUUCUAUGGAGCUGGUGCUUUGGAAACCUCUUCCUGAAUUUCUCACAGAUAAGCUGACAUCUGUUUCUGUGAAGAAUUUCAAGCAGCAGAGUACGGAAGAGUGUCAAGCUAAGCAAUCAUCACCAGGAGCUGAUUUUCACCCACAGACUGACUCAUUCCCUGAACCACAACAGACUUCAAUGUCUCCAAAUUUGUAUGAUAGUUUGGGGAUCCCUGGGUGUGCUGAAGAAGAAAUGGAGUUGUAGAUAUGAGAUUUUAGACUGGAAGUGGUGACCUUCUGAUGUUUUUAUUGCUGUUUCUUCAUUUCCUGCUUAUUUCUGGUUUGAUGUGUGAAUCUGGAGUUUUAUUUUCUUGUUUGUUUUCUCCUAGUAACAAUCAUAUCAAUACAGAUUGGCCAGACGCAACUUUAGGAAAUUAAAAAAAAAGACUUCUGUAGUCUGAUCUGUUAAAUAUACUUUUUUUUUUUUUCUUUUUAAAGUGAGAACGAAAUCUAAAAGGCUUUCAAACAAGGAAGUAGCUUUCCAUAUUGGUUAGUGGGGAAAUAUCCUCUUAAUUGUCCCUGGUAAAGUAUAUAAUGUAAAUUCUGAAUGUAACUGUGGCUCAAGCCACACCUUUCAGUUACUGAGCCAUUGAGACUUUGAUGCAUAUACUGUGCUUUGUCAGUUAGUUUCAUCUGAAUUACAAAAAGGUACUGAAAGAAAGGAAUAUUUCUGAGUCUGGUCACAGGUUAGGAAAAAAGCAAUCCCUGUAAAAAUAUAACUUUUUCACACAAUUAUUACUUUAUAUGUGGCUGGUUUGCAUUUCAUUUAAACUCAAAUGUAGAAAUGUAGACAUGACACAUGCUGCACUGUGGUAGGGAAGGAAUGUCAUAGCUGAGUAUAAGCCUUUUGCUUAAAAAAAAAAAAAAGGUAAUUUUGGCUACUAACUUGCAAGAUAACUCCUAACAUUAGUUCUCUUUGGUUCACUGCCCCAUAAAACUGUACUUACGUUUUUGAUGGCCCCAUCUUCCUUUCAAAUGAUGCAAAAUCUAGAGAAAAGUGUUUCCUAGCCAAUUGAUUCACAUUUUAUGUUGUGCUGUGAUUCUUUGCUUAUAUGCAUUAAGUUGAAAAGUCAGUUGAGGUCAGUGUAACUUCUGAUGAAAUAAAUGGUAUGCUUUAAUUUUGAUAAACCUGGUAAUUAAAUCAGAUAACAUGGAACUGCUUUUUGGGUAAGGAAGGUUAAAUGCUGCUUACCAUAUAUAACUAAGUCCCAAACUUUAAGUGUGACUGCUGACAUUGGUGGUGAAGUGAGUAAGAUACUUGCCCUCUUCCUGAGUGAAACUUGACUUACAGUCUAAGUCAGAACAUGUGCCAUUAAUAUAAUGCCGGGUAGUUAAUAUAGACUUAUGUCAAAAGAAUUUAUCUCUGUUUAUGGUGUUAGGAAAAGGAACUGCCAAUGAGUUACCUCUUGCACCUUUCCUCAAUACACAACACUUCUAUUAUGCUUAAAACCCUUAACCAAAGUAAAGAAUCUUCUAUUCAGUCUCCAAGCUUUCUUAGAGAUGUCUGAAUUGAGACUUUUCUUAAUAAAUUCCUUUCCCGGUAAUGGACUCUGCUGGGAGUGUUACCAUCCCAGUCUGCUUUUGACUUCUGUGUAACAUAGAGAUGGAGAUACAUUGAUCUUUCAGUAAUUCAGCUGUUUGUUUGCAUGAAAAAAUCAUCUCUAUUCUCUUUGCACAGGUUCUUAAUAAUCUUUGUGUUUUUCUUUUUUUUUAAGUGGGGUUGGGUUUUUUUUGUUGUUGAAUAACCCAUAGUGGAUAGUUUAAAAUCAAGCUUCCCUUUCUGCUGUCAUCAUUUCUCCUCUCUUGGUUGACAGCAAAAACUUCUUUAUUGGAAAGGUAUCUUUUGACAAGCAUGUUUUGGUCAAGGGAGAGGAGUCCUUCAUUUGUUUUAUCCUGUCUAUCUUGUUCUUGUUGAAGGUUGUGUAAAAUUUGCUGUCUCUUGCUAAAAAAUCUUGGAACUACACUAAAAUCAUACCAGCAUUUGAGUAGAUAUUAGUCUGGAAACUGGUGUACAACUUUACCAUUCUGGAAUUUAUAUUAAAUUGGAGAAUGUGUGCAGCUUUUUUACUUUCAGUCUCUGCUAUAAAUCUCUUCCAUAAACUGUGUAAAAUUUCUCAUGUGAGUAUUGUUACACUGCUAAACUUGCUUAAAAUAUACAGCCUUCAACUUGCUGGGUUGCUCAAGUAUAAUGUAAAGCAAUGCCUUUGGAGAAGGCUGUAGUCGAUAAGGGUAGAAAAUAGGAUGCCUCUAAAUACCUAACUGGUUUUAAGCUUGCAGGAUUAUAGUGAAGGUUCAAGGUUGGGACUUUUACCUGAUGGAUCUGAUCCUAAAUGAACUGAAAAGAAAGGAGAAAAAAAAGAUUUGAUUAAACCAUCUCAACAACACUUGAAUUAUGGCAGAAGAUUUAGAAAACUGUGGGAAGCCUAAGUAUGUGAAAUCUAGAUGCAGAGUUUUUUCCUUUUAAAAUUUUAAUUACAAAUUGAUUAACUUGCAGGAGAACAAAUUUAUGUAGAACUCUUUAAAAGAUUUUUUUUUCUUGUUAAAUUUGAACUAAAGGUUGACUUUCAGCAGACUAUUUCUUCUUUUAAUCCUUUGAUGCCAAUGCACUAUCACUGACCCCUAUCAUCUGAAACAAGAACUUAGCAGUGAACUAUUGAUAAAGAAAGACCAUGAAUGAGAUGGGCAAAAAAUGUCUUAAGAAGUUUUGCUUUAGUGCAGAUGUUUAUUUUGAAUCUUCUGUAAUUCAUCUGAGCUCCUCUUUUAGAAGAGAACAGGUGAAUCUCUUAAUUGGUGAGGGCAGAAGUGUAUGAGUAGGAAUUAUGUGCGAGGACUGAGCAAGUUUUUGCUCUAGCAAUGAUUUGGAGAGUGUAAGGGAGGGGAAUGUUUCUGAGUCAUUUCAAACUUCUGUAUUUGUGACAGUUCCAUUUGUCGUUGGCUUCCUUAAAAGACUUUUAUUAAUUCUGUUUACAAGCAGGAUGGCAUGGUUGAUAUAGUAUUAGGAAAAUCUUUAUCCUUUAUUUUUAAAUAUAGACGAUCUGAUCCUGGUCUGUUUUCUCUUGGGACCAAAUCACCCUUUGUAUGUCAGUUUUCAAUAAAUUUUUUAGAAUAUUUUUUA